GCCGCCCGGUGGCACCGGCGGAAGCGUCGCGGGGCCCGACGUGGCGCGGGGAUGGCGGAGGUGCUGCGGCUGCAGCGGCGGCUGCAGGAGCUGGAGGAGGAGCUGGCCCGGGAGAGGGGCGGCCGGCGGGCGCCCAGGGCCCGCAUCGAGGCCAUGAGCGCGGAGGUGACGGACUCCAACCCCUACAGUCGCUUGAUGGCACUGAAAAGAAUGGGAAUUGUCAAAGAUUACGAGAAAAUCCGUACCUUUACAGUUGCAGUAGUAGGUGUUGGUGGAGUUGGCAGCGUGACUGCUGAAAUGUUGACAAGGUGUGGCAUUGGUAAGCUUCUUCUGUUUGAUUAUGACAAAGUGGAACUGGCAAACAUGAACAGACUCUUCUUCCAACCUCAUCAAGCUGGAUUAAGUAAAGUGCAAGCAGCAGAGCAUACCUUGAGAAAUAUUAAUCCUGAUGUUCAAUUUGAAGUACAUAACUACAACAUCACAACGCUGGACAAUUUUGAACAUUUCAUGGAUAGAAUAAGUAACGGCGCAUUAGAGGAAGGGAAGCCUGUCGAUCUUGUUCUAAGCUGCGUGGACAACUUUGAAGCUCGCAUGGCAAUUAACACGGCCUGCAAUGAACUUGGACAAAUCUGGAUGGAAUCUGGAGUGAGUGAAAAUGCAGUGUCAGGACAUAUACAGCUCAUCAUACCUGGUGAAUCCGCUUGUUUUGCGUGUGCUCCUCCACUUGUAGUUGCUGCAAAUAUCGAUGAGAAAACAUUAAAACGAGAAGGAGUUUGUGCAGCUAGUCUUCCUACAACUAUGGGUGUUGUGGCAGGAAUUCUCGUACAAAAUGUUCUCAAGUAUCUUUUAAAUUUUGGUACUGUGAGUUAUUAUCUUGGUUACAACGCGAUGCAGGAUUUCUUUCCAACUAUGGCAAUGAAACCAAACCCACAAUGCAGUGACCAAAACUGCAGGAAACAGCAGGAAGUUUAUAAGAAAAAAGUAGCUGCACAACCAAAAGAAGAAGUGACUGAGCAGGAAGAAGAAAUAGUGCAUGAGGACAAUGACUGGGGGAUCGAAUUAGUAUCAGAAAUUUCAGAAGAUGAGCUGAAGGCUGCUUCUGGUCCAGUACCUGAUCUUCCUGAGGGAAUUACUGUAGCAUAUACUAUCCCAAACAAGGAAGAGAAUCCAGUAGCUGAAGAAACAGUGACUGAAUCUGAAGAAAGCCUGGAAGAACUCAUGGCCAAAAUGCGAAACCUGUAGCCAAACAAAUACUAACUACAAACCUGGGAGUUUGGAUUGACAUCAAAUCUUGAAUGGACUUUUUUCUUCUCCAUUGAAGCUUAUCUUUACAUAUCUGAUUAAAUGGAACUGUUACAGAGUGGGAAGCAGACGGGCUUAACCUUGUUUAUGUUCUGUUGUAUAUUCUCAUCCUUAACGUACAGAGUUGUGCUACUGUAAGUUUUAGUUUCUCAGCAUUGCUGAGCGCAGGUAAUUAAUGGAAAUAUAGAGAGGGAUAAAUUAAUGGAAGUAUGCAUAGCAUGUUGUCUGCAGUAUCGGUAUAAAAACACGGUUUAGGACACAUGAAAGAUGAAAUCUGCUGGCUGAAGUAGAUAGAGUAGGUCAAGAGCAGCUGACAGCGCCUCACUCAUAUUGCUGUUUCUGUUUAUCCAUGCAUUUGUACUAGUCAUUCACUGGACUUUGACAGAGCUUUUGCAUGGAUUGUGCUGUGGGUAUGUUUAGUGAGUAAAUUGAUCUUUUCAGCCUUUUCAUCAGCCUUAACUUAAUUUGCCUGGUUUUGUCACUUCUUACUACUGCUUGUUCAUAGUUAGCUGCCUGUAUGUGAUAAUGCUUUCAGUAUGUUGCAACCUAAGUCUUCUGUUGGUAGAUAGUUUAGCUGGCAGACUGGAUAUUAGCAUGACCUUACUUCAGCUGGCAGACGUUUUUCAUGGCAAAAUAGGUAGGAAUUCCAAGUAACACUGGAAUGUACAGGAGACUUUCUCUCUGAAAAUCAAAAUUUUGGGGGUUUUGUUGGUUUCUAAGAGAUUAGCUAUAAUUCUGAUCUACCCCCAUUUGGGGGUGUAUUUAAAUCUGAGUUUACAUAGGAAAGCUUCUAUAGUUAGAUGCUCUAAACAUAUAGUGUUGCAAAUGUCUGAGUAGCUGAGUUACUGUAUUUGUCUUGUAAAUAAUGUUAAUACAGGAGUAUUAACUUUUAAAUUAUCCUGUGUUAAACUGACCUGUAAGUGUACACAGUAUGUAGUGCCAGUAUCCUACAGACCUGGAAAUACCAACUUCAAAUGUUUUAAUUGUUCUGGGUGUCUGAUCUAGAACGUCAUCACUGUUCAGAUGUAGUUUAGAAUGUAGGUUGUAGCAUCUGCAAUGUGAUACAAGUAUUUCUAAUUUGUGCUGUUCAAAAACCUUUUUACAGCCUGGUGCAGCUAACACAGAACUAGCUGAUACAUGUUAGUAGGCUUAUCCAACCAACAC